UCGAACGCGUGUCUGUUUCGCUGUUGCCGAUGAAAAAGUGUGCUCUGCUCUUCUUGUGUGCCCAUUUUGAUCUGCUGGGAAUUUUCCAAAGAGUCGCAUCGAAGAAAGGCGAUCACAUCGCCGGAUUCUGCACUGGCUUUUUGCUGGCGACGUCGCGAUCUUCCUUCCGUGCGGCGGUUUGAUUUCUUUUUGCCAGGAGAAAAUUUUAUGAUUGGCAUCGUUUUUUUUUUGUUUCACCACUUGCAAGACAAAUUGCAAGAAAUUUCGACGAUCCUCCGUGGCAAAACUUUCGUGUGCGCGUGGCGACAAAAAGACUCUGGAGGUGAAAGAGCUCCAAAAAAAGCGUGUGAAGAAAGGCAAACACUCGCAAAAGUGGGAUGACAAUGGCAAAAUUCUUUCGUGAUUUGGUCUAAAGCACUUUGAAGCAGCUCAACUUGCCGUGAUCUUUUCGGACGUUGCGAUAGUGUUUGUGUCCAAAUUAGAGACAAAAUUGUGCACAUAUGAUUCCAAAAACUCUCACAAUGGAUUACCUCCUGCGCCACAGACGGAUGUCCUUUCCCAAAAGGUCAACAGAUAUUGUGGCAUUGAUUGCUGUGUCCUGCACAUUGUUCCUCUUCCUCCACACGCAAAGUCUCACAUCCCGCUUAAGAGAGAUGGAAGACAAAUUGCAGCCAUCAGAGAUGUCCGCCAGUGGUCUCAGCGGAAACUCCAUUAGUCAAGAGUCUGCACAAAGCAACGUCCACGAAAUGUACAAAUAUCUCAAGAGUACUGGACAGAUGAGUACACUGAGAGCGUGGGACUUGAACAACACACGGAAGGCCGACCUGGAGUUGGUCUUCUUCAACCGAGUGCCCAAAGUGGGCAGUCAGACGUUCAUGACGCUGAUACGACGCCUGGCGGCGGAGAACAGCUUCACCUUCCAUCGCGACGCCGUGCAGCGCAUCGAGACCAUCCGCCUGUCGCCGGACCAGCAGCUCGAGCUGUCCGACAUGAUCGUGGACCUGCCGACGCCCAGCGUCUACGUGAAGCACGUGUGCUACACGAACUUCACGCGCUUCGGCCUGCCGACGCCCAUCUACGUGAACCUCGUGCGAGAUCCCGUGGAGCGCGUCAUCAGCUGGUACUACUACAUCCGGGCGCCCUGGUACUAUGUGGAGCGCAAGCAGGCCUUCCCGGACCUGCCGCUGCCGGACCCGCGGUGGCUGCGCAAGGACUUCGAGACGUGCGUGCUCAAUCACGAUCCAGAGUGCACGUUUAACUACGGCGAGACUCACGAGGGCAUCGGCGAUCAUCGCCGCCAGACGCUCUUCUUCUGCGGCCACGACGAAGAGUGCACGCCUUUCAACACUGUUGGCGCCCUCGAGCGCGCCAAAUACGCCGUGGAGUCACAGUACUCAGUCGUGGGCGUACUUGAGGAUCUCAAUACGACGCUUUCCGUCUUCGAAGCCUAUAUUCCUCGAUUUUUCAGAGGAUCCAAAAACAUCUACUGGGAGGAAGUCAAUAACUUCAACAAGAUUAACAGGAACGCCUUCAAGCCGCCAGUCAGUGAAGAGGUGAAAGAUAUUGUGCGACGCAAUUUCACCAGAGAAAUUGAAUUCUACCAAUUCUGCAAACAGAGACUCCACAAGCAAUUCCUAGCAGCCAAACUACCAUUAAAUUGA